AUGCAAGCCGCCUCCGCUCUUGCCUUAGACAUGCAUCACGAUCCUUACCCCUCGCGCGUCACCGUCUUCGACAUCAUGCAAUCGUUCACGUCGAACUGGCCGCGCGCGCUCUGGCUGGCGGUGGACGCGCGCGGGCUGACGCUGCUGCGGCGGGGCGCGCGCGCCGCGCUCGUCUCGCACGACCACGACCAGCUGCUCGCCGUCUCGCCCGCGCCGCGCGCGCUGCUGCUCGUCACGCGCGCCGACCGCAAGCACGCCAAGCUCGUGCUCUCCACGGACCAGGCGUACCAGAUUGCGACGCUGAUCAAGGACUACAUAGAGGCGGUGCGCGGGCCGGUGUCGCCGGCGGUGGCGGAGCCCAGCGGCGCUGGCGCCCGGCCCUCG